AUGUUCAACCGCCCACACCCAACGAAGAUGCAGUACAUGUCUCUACGGCCGAUUCCGCUGGCCCUGGGCGACAAGCACACCACCUUCGACAAGGGCGGCGGCGGCAGCAGCGGCGAGACGACGCUGGAUGAAGUCGAAGUGGCUGAGAGAGAGGCGCGGGCGCAGACAUCCCGACUGAUAGCCAAACGGCGGCUGGUGACGGUAGUCAAGCAUGUGCCGUCGUCCAAGGAGCAAGCGCUUCCGGUGCUAAUCAACCAAAUCAACUGCUCGUUUGAGAUGGACAGGCUGCUCCAGAGCAACAUCGGGCUGAUCGGGACACGGCCCAAGCGGGCGCUGAGCGUGAGCCAGCGGGUAGUCGAGUCCGCGACGACGGCUUGGGGCGUGGUGCUCUGGGGCAUCACGUAUGUGGUGAUGGUGUGGAUAUACCCGAUCAUCACGAAGGGGUUUAUAGCCUGCCUGAUCGGCCACCGGGUGAUUGCAGAGGUGGUGCUGAGGAUCCUUGAGUGGCGCGCUGCCCCUGACGCCGCUGCGUUGAAGGACAUAUCUGCCACGGCACAGCAGAUUGAUAUCCGGCUGCAGCAGUUCUGCUACUGGCCGAUCCAGUAUCUGACGCUGCGGAAGCGCAAGGACGACUGGGAGAGCGUGACGAACAGCCAUCCGGACUAUAUCCGGUUCUACAACAGCUUGUGGCUGGUGGCUAAUGAUGUGAUUAUCGGGAUAGCGCUGGGGUCGUAUAUCGUGGACAAUGCGGACAAUGUGGCGUCUGAGAUCAAUGCGGUGCUUACGGGGUGGACGGUUGAUGGGCUGCAGCAGACGAUCUCCUGGCUGAUGGGCUGGCCUGCCGGAUUGAAGCUGAACAACGAGCUGGCCGUCUUCCUGGGCGAUCUCUUCCUCUGGGUCAUUGCCCACUGGGCUAGUAAGAAGAACCCUUUACUCUAUCUAUUGGUCGAUGUUCUCCGACCUGCUGUCCAUCUUCACGGUGCACAUCUACAGCUUCUACAUAGCGUCAGCCCGGAUCUUCAACUGGCAGCUGACGAUCAUCAUCUCGCUGUUCCAUCUCUUCCGCGGCCGCAAGCGCAACAUCCUGCGCAACCGCAUCGACUCCUGCGACUACGACCUGGACCAACUGCUGCUGGGGACGAUCCUGUUCACCCUGCUGUUCUUCCUGCUGCCGACGGUGCUGGUGUUCUACAUCACCUUUGCGUCUGCGAGGAUGGCCAUUAUCUCCCUGAAGGCCGGGCUGGACACUUGUCUGGCCUUUCUCAACCAUUUCCCCUUGUUUGCACUGAUGCUGCGCCUCAAGGACUCUCGACGACUCCCUGGUAUGCUUUAUUAUUAUUAUCUCUCUGUGGGGGCACUCGCUUUGAGCUUCGACGGCCGUCUCUUCCACCACCGCCCAACGACCAACUCGAGUACACCGAGACAUCUUACAUCCACCUCAAAUCCGUCCCGCUGAGUCUCAGGGAAAUGUUCGACCAGUACUUCCGCCUCGGCCAGCGCAUCAGACAGCACUACCUGUCUCCCCGGGUGAUCCUCUGUCUGGCAACCGGCCAGUUCGUUCCCCCCAUCCACCGCCGCAACCUGUACAGCCUGCAGUACAGCAUGCUGCCUGCCCAGCGAGUGGGCAUCGUCGACGUCUGGUCCCGGCUGACUGCAAAGAGCUCGACGGGGCCAGGCAGCGGCGGCGGGAGUGGUCCAGCAGGCAGCUCCUCAGGGGCUCCUUUGUCCUUUCCCCGGGGUGACUCUCCACCUUCGCCCCUUUCCCCCUUCUCUUCACAGCAUCUCCAUCCAUUGACUAUCCCUUCACCUUCCCUUUGCUAUCCCCUUCACCAUCCCCUUCACUGCUAUCUUCACCAUCCUCUUCACUGUCUCCUGCCUCUCUCCUGCAUGACAAAGAAUCCUUCACUCGUCGUCCUCCCCCGUCGUCGUCCUCCUUCACUCCCUUCUAGCUCCUUCCGCAUCGCAUCGUCAGGCUAUAAAAUCCCCUCAUCUUCCUCUGUCGUCGACGCUUCUUUCUGUCUUCUUUCUCUCUCCUUCCUUCCUUAUCCGCCGAGCUGGCUGCAGAGUGCAGAGAAAAGCUCGGCGGAUGCUGCCAGAAGACAAGCCAAAGCAAAAGCCAGCCUAUAUAAAGACCGACGACGCCCCUCGACCUCGCCCUCUUUUUUUCUCUUCUUUCUUCUUUCUUCCCUCCUUUUUUUUUUUCUCUCUUUCUGCUCAACAACCAGCCGUUGCAUCACUUCCGACACCCGCCAACGCCGUGAGACUGCUUUAUCUUUUCUUCUCGUUACCUACCCAAAAGAAAGAGAAGCUAGGCUCCGGCAGACCAGCAAGAUGCACGGCAAGUGGACCGACGAGGAGGACUUCGCCAUCGUGGCCCUUCGCCUGGGGACAAACCUGAGCUGGGAGGGCAUCAAAGCCAAGUUCGACGCUGCCUUCCCUCCAGCCAACUGCAAGGACCUCGAGUCCCGUUGGAACAAGACGCUCAGGCCGACGCUGUCCCCGGGCCUAGGCAACCGUAUUGCCUGCGCAUUCGACGACUACAGGCACUACCGACCGCGCCACAUCGAAGAUGGCGAACAGAGGAGACUGGUGCUCGGCGUUCUGCGAGCGCUGGCGGACCAUCCAGCCGAACGGAUCGUCCCGCCGCACCCAGAAGAACUCGAGUCGUCUGGAGAAAUCCAGCCAGCGGCCGCUGCCCCAGCCUUGCAGCCAUCGGGCUCGGCUACUCAGCUGUCUGCGCCCCCCCAGCAGCCACCCGCCCCUGAGCAGCAGCAACAGCAGCCAACCGACCCUGCUCAGGGCACUGGGGCCUCGGGCCAGCAGCAGCAUGGCAGCGGCCCGACCAGCACAACGGCUCCCGACAGCCCGUUGUUCGUUCCACAGGAUGACAACAAUGUCGACGUCGCUGACAGUGCCGACAACACCACCGCCGCCGAUGCCUCUGCCGCCAAUACCACCACCACUACCACCGAAGAGGCCGGCGCCAACAGCACUGUCGCCGUCGACACGCAGACGUAUCCGCAGUCCUUGCUGCAGCAGCGUGUCGAGCAGAGCCCGCCUGACCAGCCAAUGCUCGAGAUCAACGCUGCCGUUCCGCCGCCGCCGCCAUCGCCAACCCCCCAGCAGCAGCAGCAGACUCCGCAGCAGCCUAGCUCAGACCUGGGCCCGGUCGUUGUUGACCCAAACAUCGACCCCCAGCUCUACGGAUACCAGUGA